CCCUCCCUGAUUUUUUCCUCUCCUCUUGUUGUCAGUUGUUCAUUCUUAUUAGGAAAAGAGGGAGGUUUGCAGUUGGAUAGAGGGAUGCUCCUCUCUUGGCUUAAGUUGUCAAGGUGAAAAUAAACUUUUUCGUUCUCCUCCUCAGCUGUAAGCAGCCACCUGGACUCCACAAUUUUUUGUUUUCCAACUUUAAUUUUUUUUUUUUUACUUCGUGAUCGGUUAUUCCCAGCCGCCUGCUUCAGCCCCGCUGGGUCGCGAUAGAAAACAAGAAGGAGGAUGGAGACGAGCCCCAUCCCGGUGGUGACGGUCCAAACCGCUCCCUUUGAGGACCAGCGGCCCGGCACCAACGGGCUGCGGAGGAAGACUGCGGUGUUUGAGGGGAAGAAGAACUACCUGCAGAACUACAUCCAGAGCCUCCUGUCCUCCAUCGACCUGCGGGACAGACAGGGCUGCACCAUGGUGGUGGGCAGCGACGGUCGCUACUUCAGCCGGGCUGCCAUCGAGGUGAUAGUGCAGAUGGCAGCUGCCAAUGGGAUUGGUCGUCUGGUAAUCGGUCUCAAUGGCCUUCUUUCCACACCUGCUGUGUCAUGCAUCAUAAGGAAAAUCAAGGCAAUUGGUGGAAUUAUUCUCACGGCGAGCCACAACCCCGGAGGUCCUGGCGGAGACUUUGGAAUUAAGUUCAACGUGGCUAACGGAGGGCCGUCUACUGACACGGUGAUGGAGAGAAUCUCUCAGGUGAGUCGGACUCUGGAGGAGUAUGCCAUCUGCCCAGAACUGCGCAUUGAUCUCUCAAGGCUUGGAAGACAAGAGUUUGAUCUUGAGAACAAGUUCAAACCUUUUAGAGUGGAGAUUGUAGACUCAGUUGAAGUCUACCUCCAAAUGCUGCGAAACAUCUUUGACUUUUCUGCCAUUAAAAGUCUCCUCACAGGACCAGAUCAGCUGAAGAUACACAUAGAUGCCAUGAAUGGAGUGAUGGGUCCCUAUGUAAGAAGGAUUCUGUGCGACGAGCUUGGGGCACCGGCCAAUUCUGCUGUCAACUGCGUCCCCCUAGAGGACUUUGGUGGUCGACCACCGGAGCCUAACCUGACCUACGCCACCUCUCUGGUAGACGCUAUGAAAGGGGGCGAGUUUGGAUUUGGAGCGGCAUUUGAUGCAGAUGGGGACCGGUACAUGAUCCUCGGAGAAAACGGCUUCUUUGUGAACCCUUCGGACUCAGUUGCAGUCAUAGCUGCGAACCUCUCCACCAUCCCUUAUUUCAGACAACAUGGCGCCAGAGGCUUUGCUAGGAGUAUGGCCACCAGCGCAGCCCUCGACAGGGUAGCCAAAGCCAUGAAGCUGGCCCUUUAUGAGACUCCCACAGGCUGGAGGUACUUUGGGAACCUGAUGGAUUCUGGGCGCUGUUCCCUAUGUGGGGAGGAGAGCUUUGGAACUGGUUCUGACCACAUUCGUGAGAAAGAUGGUCUGUGGUCAGUGUUGGCAUGGUUGUCCAUCAUAGCAGCCAGGAAACAAGGCGUGGAGCAGAUUGUCAGGGAACACUGGGCCAGAUUUGGACGCAACUACUUCUGCAGGUUUGACUAUGAAGGCUUGGACCCACGUGCAGCCUUUUACCUGACGAGGGAUCUAGAGACCGUAAUCUCAGACAAGGCUUUCAGCAAUCAGAAGUUUGCUGUUGGAGAUCAUGUCUACAGCGUGGAGAAGGCAGAGAACUUUGAGUACAUUGACCCAGUGGACGGGACAGUCGCUCGGAACCAGGGUCUCCAUCACAGAGGGGGGAGGAAGUAGGUGCGCAGAGACAAACGCGUUCGAACAGAAAUGUGCCAGACAAUGCUUGGAGGAUUUACACUGCAGUUGCAUGGCAGCAUUUCUGUUGUUGGCUACUGAAUUCAUCUGGCAUUGUCUGCAUAUCAGACAGAGAACGGAUGGAUUUAAGCCCCUUGAUCAGCUGUCUGUUUUUGGGAAAUGUGGCACCGACAUGUUCAUCUUUCAGUUCUCAUCUCCACUUUUCUUCAAAAGAUAAAUUUAUAAUCAACUUGUCUUAGAUGAAAGCAUUUGCAUUACGCGGGUCAGCUUUUUUUUAUGUUUACUUGAUUUGUAGUUGUUCACCUGGAUGUUUUAAGUUAAUCACCAUAAGGUUGCAAAAUCUCUCAGCAAGUCAUUGUAGCUACAUGGGUACUAAAAGCAGAGAACACUCUGACUUUCUUUCAACAACUAGAUUUUUUGUCCUGCCUCUUAAGUCAUAGCAUGCAUUAGUUAGAGUUGUCAAUUGGGUGGACAGCCUGGUCUGGGUAUGUGUGCUUCUGUGCCAAACUCUUUCCAUUUUCAGAUAUUGGACUGAGCAGUGCUCUGUGAAGUGUUCAAAGCUAGUUUUUUUUUCUACCUAACCCAGCUUUAGACUUCUCUACAACGUUCUCCCUGAGAUGUCUGCUGUGUUCCUUGAUCUUUCUGAUGCUGCUUGUUCGCUAAUGUUCUCUAACAAACCUCUGAGAUGUAAACUGAGAUUACAUGACACACAAGUAGGCUUUAUUUACAAUUUUUGUGCCUGGUGAAGGGUGCUUUCAUACACAAUUGGUUGCACUAGAUUUUAUUUAUAGUAUCAGGGUAAGGUGGGGAAGACUUCUCAAAAUUUUGUCCGUAAAAACACAAAAUCCCAAUUGAACACAUUGAAAGAUGUGGUUGUAACAUGACAAAAUGUGGAAAAUCUUGAUGGGGUGUGAAUAUCUUUUGAAAAAUCCACAUCAUUUAAAGACGUAGCCUCUGAGCACUGCAGCAGAUCGUGUUUUUAACAAGCAUUAGUCUGACGGCCCGCUGAUAACUGCUGCUCUAUUGUUAGAGAUGAGCCGGCACACUCCCAGAUACAGACAGACAGGCGGACAUCUCUCAUUAUCACUGACUCUCUUUUAACAUUUGCUUCCACUUCCCUCCUAACAUCCAGAGUCAUGAUAAAGGACAGAAACCGGAGUUUUCCAGAGGUUUCUGUUUAUCAGCGAAGGGUCUAAAAUGUUCUCCCCUCAUUGACUGCUUGGAGAGCCCAUGUGACUUUUGUUCUAAAAAUAAUCCAUAAAACUGAACUGAACUGUUGUUACAUUUUGAUGCCUGAGGUGGGGAAUAUUGUUGACAAAUCUUUGAAAAGCUAACAGAUGAAAUAAAGGUAUUCUGUUGUUAAACUUAUCAGCACAGAAACAAAUGUUGAAGUUCUUACAAUUUUCUUUCUCAAAUAUAGCACUUUAAGUUUAUAGUAUAGUACUGCAUAGUAACUUUAUGUUACUAUGCAGGGGAUAUGGUUAACUAACCUAUCACAGUAAAAUCCUGUUUGCUCAAUAGAUGACGACAACAAACUACGGGUCACUGAAUGUUCUUUUCUCAAAAAAAAAAGAAAAAAAAAAACUGGAGUUAGUUCAGUAGCUCCAAAAAAUCUGGCAUCAUCGUUGAAAUUUUUUUAAGACCAUAUCAUUUUAAAAUAUUGCUGUGUUUAACUGCUGAACAUGGUUAAAAAUGACUCACUCCCAACAAACGGCACAGUGACAGCGACAUCUAGAGGAAAUUUGCUUCCAAUGCACAUCAGGGAGGCAACUGUAAAAAUAGAUAUAAGGAAUCCUGGUUAAAGUGCAUUUAUUUAUAUAUGUUCUGUAAAUUGAAUUAUAUACUGUAGCUAACCAAAGAAAAUUACCUAAAUAUUA